AUGUCGAGUGAACCAAAAGUGAAAAACGCCGAUCCAAAAAGGCCCCUAAAAGCUGCCGAAGUGGAUUUUAUGAAGCUAAUUGAGCAGCAAAAUCUCGAGAGAGUACUAAAGCUGAAACGAACCAGGAAGAAUAACCUCAUCACGGCAUUUGCGCUCGGUGGCACUGUUUUUGCCAUCUACGCAUAUUCAAUGCUGGCAGUGAAGCAGGAAAAGUUCCUGGAUGAUUUUGAGGAGCCGAGGAAGGUGCUAAAAGAGAAUUAG